CCUUUGGGCAUUACUUAAACCCCUCUAUUAAACCAUUCGAACGUAAGCAAAAACCCUAAUCACCAAAACCAAAAAGCAAGCAAUCAAAAUGGAGGACGGUUUCCCAGCCCCAAAAACAUUCAACCAAGGUUACUCAUUGACAUACGAUGACGUUAUCCUCCUCCCUCAUUACAUUGACUUCCCCACCGAUGCCGUCUCUGUAUCCACUCGUCUCUCUCGCAAUAUCCCACUCUCUAUCCCUUGUGUUGCUUCCCCUAUGGACACUGUCUCCGAAGCUCACAUGGCUGCUUCAAUGGCUGCCCUCGGUGGUAUCGCUAUUGUUCAUUACAACUGUACUUCUUCUCAACAAGCUUCCAUUAUCCGUUCCGCUAAGUCACUUCGUGUUCCUAUUACUCCCUCUGUUUCAUUUGCUUCUCCUGUAGAUGGUUUACCUGCUUAUCAUGGACGAUAUGUUUUUAUUACUGAAUCAGGUGGUCUGCCAUCCAAGUUAUUGGGUUAUCUUUCGUCGUCUGAUUGUGAGAAUUUGAAAGAUAAACCAGUAAAAAUAUUUGAUUACAAGAGGGAUUGUAAGAGUGUGGAGUAUGUUAAUUGGGAUUGUGACUUGGGAAAGAUUGAGACUCUUUUAGAUGAAAAAGAUAGUGAUUUCCUUGUGUUGGAAAGGGAUGGUGAGGCGGUCAACGUGGUGGUCAAAGAAGAUGUGGAAAGGCUAAAGGGGUACCCGAAAUUAGGGGCGGGAACAGUAGGAGCUGAUGGGGAAUGGAUGGUGGGUGCAGCUAUAGGGACAAGAGAGUCGGAUAAGGAGAGGUUGGAGCACUUGGUGAAGGCAGGGGCUAAUGUGGUGGUCUUGGAUAGCUCUCAGGGUAAUUCUAUAUAUCAGAUUGAGAUGAUCAAGUUCAUUAAAAAGACAUAUCCUCAAUUGGAUGUGAUUGGUGGGAAUGUGGUGACUAUGGCACAAGCACAGAAUUUGAUUCAAGCUGGUGUAGAUGGAUUAAGAGUUGGGAUGGGGUCUGGGUCCAUUUGCACCACACAAGAGGUUUGUGCUGUUGGACGAGGACAGGCAACAGCCGUUUACAAGGUGUCAUCUAUUGCGGCACUGCAUGGUGUGCCUGUUAUUGCUGAUGGUGGCAUUUCAAACUCUGGACAUAUUGUCAAGGCUUUGGUUUUGGGGGCCUCUACUGUGAUGAUGGGAAGCUUUUUAGCCGGAAGCACCGAGGCUCCUGGAGCUUAUGAGUAUAAGAAUGGUCAACGUGUCAAAAAAUAUCGUGGCAUGGGCUCCCUAGAAGCAAUGACUAAGGGAAGUGAUCAAAGAUAUUUGGGUGAUACAGCGAAGUUGAAGAUCGCACAAGGGGUUGUUGGAGCAGUCGCGGAUAAAGGCUCUGUACUAAAAUUUAUACCUUACACAAUGCAAGCAGUCAAGCAAGGAUUCCAAGAUCUCGGUGCUUCCUCUCUACCGUCUGCACAUGAACUCUUGAGAUCAGGCACACUGAGGUUUGAGGUUCGAACCGGUGCAGCACAAGCUGAAGGUGGAGUGCAUGGUUUGGUUUCUUAUGAAAAGAAAUCGUUUUGAGAUUUUCCCUCAAUUGUGCCAUGUUGUUGAUGGCUUUCUGGUUUUCCAUCUAACGUUUAUAGAAACUUGGUUGAUCUGUUACCCUUUUUGGGCUAAGGUUGUUUAUAUGUACACUUUUAUUAGUAAUGCUUUGAGUUAAUUUUUAUGAAA